CUCGAGUGGACACACGCCCCGGGUUCGGGGCAUGAGACUCACCGACAGAUGUGUCCCCGGUGCCUGAUGCCGUGGAAUACAGCGCUCGGUCGAAAUUGCCUGUGCUGGGGAGGACGGAACGAGCCAAGUUAUUGCAAAUUGCCCGGGGAGAGGUGAAGCGUCGGUUCGUUUCUGCAAACUCCCUCCUUUCCAACAGAGGUCUUCCUCAGCCGUGGGGUCGGGUAGUGUUGCGGCCAAGACUGGCGAAAUAGGACCGAGCCUUCGAAAUGAGAGGCGUCCUGCUGCACAUCUCCCUCAGUCUCAGCUCUUUUCUCUCAGUCAACGGGAUCCUCAAGGAUUGCCAGAUAACGCUGGACAUUCAGAGGGAGGAGCUUCACUGUUUGACAAGGCUGAAGAAGCACAACGUUAUAGAUCUCUCUGACGGAUGUGCUGGGAUUUGGGAUAAUUACACCUGCUGGAUGCCAGCCAAGGUUGGAGAAACAGUCAGCUUGCCCUGUCCAAUAAUCUAUAGGCACUUCAGCAGAGAACCAGGCAAUGUAAGCAAGAAAUGCACAGCUGACGGGUGGACAGAUACGUUUCCAGAUUAUGAUGAAGCAUGUGUAUUAUCCACUGAAUAUAACAUCACUGAGAAAACUGAAAGGACUGAUUUUUACAUGUCGGUGAAGAUUAUUUACACUCUGGGACACAGUUUCUCCUUGGUUGCCCUCACGAUUGGAUCAGCAAUCCUGUGCUUCUGUAGGAAACUUCAUUGCACACGGAAUUACAUCCACCUGAAUAUGUUUUUAUCAUUCAUUUUGCGGGCAGUGUUUGUUUUAUUGAAGGACAGGAUACUGUAUUCGGAAGUUGGUACUGAUCAGUGCAAUGAAAUAAUACUGGUUGGCUGUAAGGUUAUUCUGGUUUUUUUCAAUUACUUCAUCACAGCAAACUUCUACUGGUUGAUGGUGGAAGGUUUGUACCUGCACACACUGCUCAUGGUCUUUUUCUCUGAAAACAAAUAUUUUGUACUCUACAUGCUGAUCGGCUGGGGUAUGCCAAUUUUCAUCGUAAUUACAUGGAUUAUUCUGAGAAUCUACUUGGAUGAUGUUCAAUGCUGGGAUACAAAUGAUCACCCCAUUCCAUGGACAACACUCCGAGUAGCCAUCGUGAUAUCGAUCGCAAUAACCUUCCUCCUGUUUAUUAAUAUUACACGAAUACUGAUGCAGAAGCUCAAGUCACCGGAUGUUAGUAGCAAGAGCAACUCACAGUACACGAGACUUGCCAAAUCCUUGCUGCUCCUGAUCCUCUUACUAGGAAUCCAUUACAUCGUAUUUGCCUUUAUCCCAGAGGAAAUUAAUAAGAAGAUAAGGAUCAUAUUUGAUUUAUGUCUUGGAUCUUUUCAGGGCUUUUUUGUUGCUGUUUGGUACUGCUUUUUAAAUAGUGAGGUUCAGGUUGAACUGAAAAAGAAAUGGCGAAUUCUGACUUCAUGUAGUCAACUAAGAUCCAAUUACAGUCUGCACAGUGGGUCACUAUCUGGGAAUGGUACCACCCACAGGAAUACCCGAGCACAGUCCAUCCUCCAGACAGAAACGUCUUUGGUAUAAAUGACCAUGUGGAAUCCAGAAGCUUGCUAUAUCUGUGUUGUUUGUCGGGAAGCUCGUGGGAAACUCUGGCGCAUUUUUUUCUAGAGUCGCAGCAUUUGCAUUUUGGAUCAUGUCUGUUUAUGAGAAGUAUAUCAAAAGGUUUACAGCUAAGCAAGUUGUCUUCAAAUGUAAUGCCUUUUAAGGAUUUCUUGAAAGCAGUUUUAAUAUGCUUUUGUGUAUGCCUAAUAAGCUGCUUGAACAUUGCAUUUGCUACGUCCUUCAAGUUCAGGUUCUAGUUCAAGAUCAAGUCAUUCAACUGUAUACAUGUAUUCCCCAAAUAAAACAACUCUCCUCCAGACCACGGUUUACAACACAGUACAUAUAACUCACACACAACAUAUAAAGUAAUAUUUACACAAAUAAAUUAACAAAUAAUAACAUAUAUUCCAGAAGAUUGACAUUUAGCAAAAGGUGUAUUUAUGACUCAAGUAAGAAUGUAAACACUGCUGACACUUCAUAUGUGGUGGUAGGGAGUUCUGUAGUCCCCUGGUCUGGGGGUAGGAAGUUGUUUCCCAUCCAAAGAGUUCUUGUCCUAAUGCUGCUGUGAUGUUGACUGACUUUGGCACCCUAGAAAAUAGCAAUAGAUCACCAGUUCCUAGAAGCCAUAGCUUCCUGGCGUCAGAAACCCUAAGCACUCAUAACUUUGAAUAUGACUUUCACUGAUCCCUAUCAAUUUCACUCAAUGGAAUUCUGCCACGUUGCAUGUAUUAAAUAUGUGGGAUUUUUUCAAACAUGCCCAUAUUUCAAGUUGGUUAAAGUUGUAUUCUACUGCUGCAGUAACUUGUUGUUUCUGUAAGUGUAUUUUGAGCAAUAAAACUGUGCAGAUCUGUGUUGCAAUGAGAGGUGCUGACUUCCCUGAGAGUUUAGUACUGGGCAGGGAACUUAAGAUGGAAAUAAUUGUGGCCUUAUGAGAAUAGGUUGAGUGAACUUGGCCUUUUCUCCUUGGAGCGAAGGAGGAUAAGAGGUGACCUGAUGAAGGCGUA